AUGGAUUAUGAGGCCGAACUGGGCUUUUUCGUCUCCCAGUCACUGCCUAUGGGCAAGACCAUCGCAGCCGACGAGGCUAAAGACUACAUUUUCGGAUUCGUCGUGCUUAAUGAUUGGUCGGCUCGCGACGUCCAGUUUACCGAGAUGAUCCCUCUCGGUCCCUUUAACGGCAAGGGGUUUGCCACCAGCAUCUCCCCUUGGGUCACGACUCUGGACGCCCUGGAGGGAGCUCGGUGCGCUCCGUCGGGGUUGGACCUGCGUGGCGGCGGCUCGACAUUAGCACCGCAUCUGCGUCAUGGGGAUGAAAAUCCCACGUGGAACCUCGAAUUUGAGGUGUCCGUAUUCAGACCGAGAUACAAUGCCACCCAAGCUCUGUUGUCUACCCGUUCCAAUCUGCGUGACAUCCGAUGGUCCCCGGGUCAGAUGCUUGCACAUCUUGCCUCCUCGGGAUGCGGAUUGCGGACCGGCGACCUAGUUGGUACCGGCACCGUCUCAUCUCCGAAUGACUCCCCGUCUUCUCGAACUCUGGGAUGUCUUUUCGAGCUGUCAGAGGCCGGAAGACAUCCCGCAGCUACUAGGGGCGAGGAAACGCUAACGUUCCUUGAAGAUGGAGACGAGGUUGUGAUAAGCGUCUGGGCUCCCGAUCGUGAGCUAGGUCUUGGGACGUUGCGAGGGCAGCUGCUUGGAGUCCCAGAGGAGUGA